AUGAUAGCAAAUUAUAGUAUUUCUGCAAAGCCAUCUAAGGAAUCUUAUGCUCCGGCAGCAGCAGAAUCUGAAAACAAAUCUGUUUCUCCAGAAUCUUUACCUGUUCUUGCCAACCCCGAUAGUCCAACUACUGAGGCUGAAACUGAAGCUGAAACCCUGUCUCCAACAAAUUUUUCUGUUCCUCCAAGUGCCAACAUUCCUGAUGUUGAAACCAAAUCCGAUGAAACACUUUCUCAAGAGAAUAUUUCCACUCUUUCCGAUUCUGAUGAACCAACUGAUAUCCAAACCAAAGGUGAAGAAAAUCUCUCUCAAGAGCUUGCAUCUUCUCCAUCCGUUAAUAUUGAUCCUACUCUUGAAACCAAAGGUGAUGAAAAUAUCUCCACUUCUCUUUCUCCUUCCAAUGCUGAUAAUUCUGUUCCUGACACCGGAGAUAUGGAUGGUCUCUAUCAAGAGAAUACAUCACUUCCUCCUUCGAAGGCAGUUCCUCCAGCUGUUGAAACCAAAGAGAGUACUGAAGAUCUUUUCCAAGAGAACACAUCUCUUCCUCCUUCUCCAAGCGUGCAUGUUCCUGAUGUUGAAACCAAAGAAGAUGAGAAUGUUUCUCAAGAAAAUUUAUCGUCUGAGGAAACCAAAGGCAACGAGACACUCUCUCAAGAGAAUGCAUUUGUCCCUUCUUCUCCUCCUUCUCUUGCCCCUGCAUAUGCUGACACUCCAGUUCUUGAAACCUCAGACAAUGGAAGUUUCACUCAAGAGAAUCAAUCUCCUGUUACCUAUGUUAAUUCUCCAGCUCCUGAAACAAGGGAGCAAGACAUCACCACUCAAGAUUAUCCAUCAGCUACUCCUCCCAACACAGAAUCCCAAAAUUCUGAAAAUUUACCUAAACUUAAUGACUACAGCUCUCUACCAAAAAUUGCAGUUCCUGGACCUUCAGAGGCACUCUCAUUCCCAGAAGCAGACCCCACCAUCCAGAUGACUCCCUCAAACGAUAAAACUUUUGGUUUAGCUCCAACAAGGGAGCAAGACAUCACCACUCAAGAUUAUCCAUCAACUACUCCUCCCAACACAGAAUCCCAAAAUUCGGAAAAUUUAACUAAACUUAAUGACUACAGCUCUCUACCAAAAAUUGCAGUUCCUGGACCUUCAGAGGCACCCUCAUUCCCAGAAGCAGACCCCACCAUCCAGAUGACUCCCUCAAACGAUGAAACUUUUGGUUUAGCUCCAACAAGUCAUCAUACAAUCUUGCCAUUCAACUACAGGGCCGAAGAUGAGCCUGUUGAACCCUAUGAGGAUGAGGAUGAUUCUUGGAAUGGAGUGCAUGGAGCUGUGGCUGGAGUCCUGGUUGGUGCUUGUGUCGUUGGCGUGGGAGGUUUUGCUUACCAGAAGAGGAAGAAAGAUAAUAUUAGAGCACAAUACGAGUGCUUGGCCAAUAAAGGAGGGGUUUGA